GAGAGCUCUGAGAGAUGAUUUUAGAUGUUACCCACGUCUGAAUCUCCUGGAAACUUUGCCAUGGAAGCAAGCCAUUGCGCACGGUCCUGGAGCUAACAUCCAAAAGGGGCAAGGAAGGGGCAGCAGGGCCAGACAAUGGGAUACCUUGUCCUUGGAUUGCUCACAGAAAAGCCAGCAGGCAUUCCCCUCCACUCCCCAGCAAAAAGGUGGCAAUGAACUGAAUUUUACCCGGUGAAGCUUCAGUGGCUUUUAAGGAGGAUGGGAUACACUGACCCUUCAUCCAGCCGGGAUUUGCUGGGAAACAGAACUUUGUUCUUCAUCUUCAUCUGCGCCUUUGCCGUGGUCACCUUGCUGCAGCAGAUCCUCUACGGGAGAAACUAUCUCAAGAGAGGGCUGCAGUUUAGCUGGCAGAAUGGAGAGGAAUUGGCAAAUUGGACCGGCACCUUUAAUUUCACGGAUGACGGAGCAGUGAAGAGUGGCAGUGACACAGGCACCAGGUAUUUUGAGUUUUAUGAAGGACCUUUGGAAUACAACUCUACAAAAUGCCUGGAAUUAAGGCAGGACAUCAUUGAGGUGAAGGUCUUGUCUAUGGUGAAACAAACCGAAUUGUUUGACAGAUGGAAGAGCCUACAGAUGUGCAAAUGGGAGAUGAAUGUCACAGAAGCCAAUUUAUUCAAGUCUACUCUGUCAAGGUGUUGCAACGCCCCAUCCUUUCUGUUCACCACCCAGAAAAAUACUCCCUUGGGAACGAAACUGAAAUAUGAAGUGGACACGAGUGGAAUCUUUCAUAUCAACCAAGAAAUCUUCAAAAUGUUUCCAAAGGACAUGCCAUACCACCGCUCCCAGUUUAAGAGGUGUGCAGUGGUUGGGAACGGAGGAAUUCUGAAGGACAGCAGAUGUGGCCGGGAGAUUGACAGUGCAGACUUCGUCUUUCGAUGCAAUUUGCCUCCUAUAUCUGAGAAAUACUUCAUGGACGUUGGGGUGAAGACAGAUGUCGUGACAGUCAAUCCCAGUAUAAUCACUGAGAGAUUCCACAAGCUGGAGAAGUGGAGGAAGCCCUUCUACGACGUGCUCCAGGUGUACGAGAACGCCUCCGUGCUGCUGCCGGCCUUCUACAACACGCGCAACACGGACGUGUCCAUCCGGGUCAAGUACGUCCUGGACGACUUCGAGUCCCAGCAGGCCGUUUAUUACUUCCACCCCCAGUAUCUCAUCAACGUCUCGCGCUACUGGCUCGGCCAGGGCGUGCGGGCCAAGCGGGUCAGCACCGGGCUGAUCCUGGUGACUGCGGCCCUGGAGCUCUGCGAGGAGGUGCACCUCUUCGGCUUCUGGGCCUUCCCCAUGAACCCCUCAGGGAUUUUUAUAACUCACCACUACUACGACAACGUGAAGCCUCGCCCCGGCUUCCACGCGAUGCCCUCGGAGAUAUUCAAUUUCCUCCACAUGCACAGCAAGGGGAUCCUGCGGGUUCACACGGGGACCUGCAGCUGACAGGGACACACUGCGAGAGUGUGGCAGGAGCUCGAUGGCCUGUGUAAGGUGUAGGAGGUUUUUGUUACACCCCGAGAUUAUGCAAUAAUUGUUUGAUAUAGAUUUCCUCAAGGCAUUGCAUCCCAUAAGAUCUAGGACACCAGCAUCUUUCCUGCUAGCAGAGUUGGGUCCGUAACAGUGUAGGAGAAGCAAAACUCCUGUGCCCCAGGGUACAUGCUGUUCUGGAAAGCAAGUCAGAUAAGAAGCACAUUUACAAUACAUUUAGGGAUAAAUAGGCCACAUUAAUGUAUUUAUCAUUUCACUAUAGAGAAAAGCACCAAACUUUUGAGGAAAAACAGAGGUGGAGAAUUUUAGUGUAGAUUAUAUGACUUUACAUAGGUUUCUGAAUCACGUACCUUGGGGUAUUGCCAGAUGUUAUUGAACACUCUGUUCUCUGGCCUUUAGGUUUUUGAAAAUACUCUUUAGCAUUACAGCUUAAUGGGGAUAUAUAACUUAAAAUCUUUGUUCCAUAAUGUCACAAAGUGUUGAUAAAAAAUAGCAGAUAGAUGUGUUAGGAAUAAACAAAAUCGCUUUAUGAAUUUUUUCAACCAGGAUAGAACAGAACGUUGAACUCCCAUUCACAGCAACAGGUAACUGUGUGAAUCAUGUUGUGAUAUUGUUUUAGAGAUUAUUUCUUCUUCCUUCUUGCGCCUUGCAUUUCUGUUCUCCUCUGCUGAUUGUGCUUCCUUUCUCCUUGUCUGUGAUGCUUUUCUUCUGGCUAACACAUGUCAAUGUGUGUACUUCCUCCUACAGCCACCAUCUCAGCAUCACAUUGGAGUCCCUGCUGAAGGAACAAGCUCCUUCACAAGGUUUUCUUGAGAUGAAGGGCAAGGGGAUUACAUAGUUAUAUUUUACAUGUUGAUUUUUUGGUUCAGCAUAAGAUAAAAAAAAAAAAAUUCCUCGUUGAUUUU